UUAUCUUAACCCGGGCCCAACCCGAAUCUUUAUCCGGUAUCCAGUGAAUUAGAGAGAGUAGUAGGCUGCAUCGCGGUCCUUUUGAUUAAUAUUAGGGAAAGAGCUUAGCAGAAUAAUAAUAAUAAUAGUAAUAUCUGCCCAAAAACCACUCGUGAAUUACUUCCCCCAAAUCCCUGCCUUCUCUCUCUCAGUUUCCCCCAAUUCGUGUGUGUAAUAAGUGAAGUGCAUAAUUAGGGUUAGGGUUCGAGUGCGUGGGGGCCAUAAUACGAUGUAUGCUGAUCGGGUGGAGGCAGUGACAAAGAGGUCUGUAAAAGAUAGGCUUAACGGCAACACUUCUGAUGAUUACGAUCGCCGGAGACUAAUUUCCGGCAAGAGGCACAGAGAAGAUGAUGAUAAAUGGGAGCAUGAUCUUUACGAGUAUGGUGAAGCUCCGGGAUCAAGCCAGAGAAUUGGUACUAAGGAUCUUCGUCUAAAACUCCAAAAGAAAAGUAUCCAACAAGCUACUCAAAGUGUUAGAGGUUCUGUCUCUGGAGGUAUGAGGGAUUUGCGUGAAAAGCUCUCUGGUACUGUAUACUCACAAACAGUGGAAAAUGAUCCCCCCAAAGCAAAGAUGAAGGUGGCUCCUGAGAUAAGUAAACCUGUCAGGAGAAGCAUCACAGCUGAAGCUCCUGCCAUGGAGACCAAAAAGGUUGCCAGCACAGUUUCAAAGAAGAAGUCCCAGCAAAAGGCGGAAUCAGUGGAUAGUUUUCUACAAUCAUUGGGUCUUGAGAAGUAUGCAAUUACAUUUCAAGCUGAAGAAGUUGAUAUGGCUGCUCUUGUGCACAUGACAGAUGAAGAUCUUAAAGCUAUUGGAAUACCAAUGGGUCCAAGGAAGAAGAUAAUAUUAGCACUGGAGACUAGAAUCUGAUUACAUCUUAUUCCUUUGCUGGGGUUAUUCAUUGGUCUGCCAUCCAACAAGUCAGCAGGCUUGUGUUUUAACUGUACAAGUCUCUUUCCGGAUUUAUUUCCUUUUAACUUUUUCUUUUCUUUGCUUAUUUUUUGGGUUUUAUCAGUAAGUGUGGUAAGCAAGAGCUCUCACCAUGUACAACAUGGGAACAUUUAAAGAUGUGCUAGGCCUUAACGGCAUAUAAUUUAAUGGUUUUAUUGGUUGCUUGUCAUGUAAUUUGGAAGCCAAAUUUUGCUGCUU